AGUGUAGAAUUUUUAUCUAUUGUCUAAAAUGUGCCACAUAGAUGCCAUGUAGGUGCCACAUAAACACUUUUACCUAAGAUGUUUAAUGCCUUGGAGUUGCUCUAACGUAACAAGCUUCUGAUUGGAAAGACAGGGUGUAUUCGCGCCAGUUCUUGUUGUCACGUGUCGCCAACACAGGUGAUAAACCUUUGUUGAAACUCGAAAGAAGACUGACAUACUUAGCUUAUAACAGUUAAAGAUGAGUCGUCGAAAGGCUGCUUCUACAUUAGAAGGUGUCAAUGUUCCCGAAGAACGAAAAUCUUUCGAAGGAGCAGAAACAAGAAGUCCAAUCUCCAUUAUUUUUUCUUCGUCAGAGAGGGUUUUUGUACUCUGUCUGGUUAUGCGGAUGAUAAAUUCUUUACUAGUGCAAACAUAUUUUAACCCUGAUGAACACUGGCAAGCUUUAGAGGUUGCACAUAGGGUUACAUUUGGGUAUGGACAUCUAACAUGGGAAUGGGAAAAGGGAAUUCGGAGCUACCUGCACCCAAUGAUGUUUGCCGCUUUGUAUAAAGUUCUUGCACUCUUACAUCUUGACACCCCAUUAUUUAUGAUAAAAGCUCCAAGGAUGCUGCAAUCUAUGCUUUCAGCUCUUGGCGACCUCUACUUGUACAAAUUCUCCGGAGUCUUAUUUGGUGACCAUGUUGCACAGUGGGCGCUCUUUGCACAGAUAACAAACUGGUUUAUGUUUUACUGUACAACACGUACUUUAUCAAAUAGUCUGGAGACUGUUCUUACACUUGUAGGCCUAUACUACUGGCCUUGUAUGAGAAAUUCAACUUCUAACAAGGUUUCCAUGGUUCCGAGAAAGUAUGGCUUAGCUGCAGCAGCAUUAGCAUGUGCUAUUCGGCCAACAAGUGCUAUUACGUGGAUAUAUGUUGGUCUUUUGGAGUUGAUAGUAGCACGGGAUCGACUAAAGUUUAUAUUCCUCGAGGCAGCUCCCAUUGGGGGAUUAGUUCUGGGGCUCACUUGUUUGCUGGACCGUUUGAUGUAUGGCUCUUGGGUCUUGGUUCCUCUUAACUUUCUGAGGUUUAAUUUUCUGUCCUCUGGUGGAGACUAUUAUGGAACUCACGUGUGGCACUGGUACUUUACCCAAGGAUUUUCUGUAAUGCUCUUCACUUUCAUUCCCUUCUCAAUAUAUGGAGUUAUCCUGUCUAAACAGUGGAAACUUUCCGGGCUUAUUAUUUGGGUAUUAGGGCUUUAUAGUGUGCUUGGACACAAAGAAUUCAGGUUUGUACUCCCUGUGCUUCCAAUAGCUUUAAUGUUUUCUGGCUAUCACUUGUCUGUGAUUAGCGCCAGUACUCCAGAUAUAAAACGAAAGAUAUCUCCAAGUAAAUUUGGUAAGAGAUCUUUAAAAUCUCGACUGGCCAUCUUUUUCCUGCUUGCAACCAAUGUUCCAAUGGCUUUGUAUAUGAGUAUGGUCCAUCAGAGAGGAGCUGAAGAUGUAAUGAACUAUCUUUCACGAGAAGCUAACUAUGGAAAAGUGAAAAGUGUUCUUUUCUUAACACCUUGCCAUGCCACACCUUACUAUUCAACCCUCCAUGAAAAUGUUCCUAUGCGUUUGUUAGACUGUACACCAAGUGACACCAAAGGAAUUCCUGACGAGUCUGACCGAUUCAUGAUAGACCCAGCUGGUUUUGUGGCAGCCUUUGCCAAAAAUUGGUCUGUACCAAGUCACAUUAUACUAUUUGAUUCUCAAGAAAGGCUAUUGAAGGACUUUCUAGCUUUGCACUCUUUCCAAGAGAGAAGGAGGUUCUUUCAUUCUCAUUUCAAGGUGGACCGAGAUCUUCAAGCAUCAAUUGUUGUAUACACUCUUAGUCGUGAAGGGCAGUGACUACUAUCUCUGCUCAAGAACUAAUUGAAUUUAGACUUUUUUGGCUCAUCAAGUUGAUUCAGCUACACAUGUAUAACAUCAGUCAUUUGUAUUUCAGUGCUAAAGGACAUGUUUUGCUGUUAUAUAAUUUCCAGUCAGCUUAGAGCCUUAUACUAUAUUACUAUUAACGACUCCUUAUAACAGCAUAAUGACAGACGUCAUCUUUUUCUUCUCUUCA